AUGGAAUGUGAUGCGGUUUCUUAUUCUUCUGAGCUGAACGCAAUACGUUCCGCUUAUUCUGAGCUGUCUGAAGCGAUUGGACAGCUAGUGGUGAAAAAAAUCGAACCACUUCCACAAACAAGUGAUAGUGCCUGCAUAGAGAAAAGUUGCAAGGAAUUGUCCCGUCUCAUUCACCACGAGAGAAGAAGGCGUGAGAACCAAGCCAACGAAUUAGCAGCAAUGACUGCCAAAAUUGAGGAAUUACGUCAGAAAGGGGCGUUGGAUGUAGGUGAAAUUGGUUCGAAGAAUGUCUCGAUGACUUCUGGUGAUGCAGCGCCCCAUGCACAAAAAUUUGAUGACCCUAUGCGCCAAACUCUUUUCGUUCUGACCGCAAUGGCAAUGGACGUGGUCAAACAGCUGAGACGAUUGGCUUUGCUCCAAGCUGCAGGAAAGCAGGUGGAUUUCACACCUAGUAUCGAUUUGGCCAGGAAACUGCGUAAUGAGUUGAACGAUCGCUUCCUUAUUGUUCGAUCUGAGAAGGAAAAUGAGAACAAGUAUUGUGUGGCCGAUCUCGUUCACACGGUAAGAAUUCUCGAGAGAGACAAUCGCACUUUAUAUGAGAACGUGAAAACUUGGCAGAAAGGAGCAGAAAAUCCUGAAAUUGCGGAACGGAUUGCCAGUCAACUUCGCAACAUUCACUCUGUGAUGGGCGAAUUCAAACGAACGUGCGGUCAGCUGAAGGAACCAUCCAACGGUGCAAACACAAGGAGGGAUGCCCCAACUCAGUGA